AUGCGGGCUUCACAGUCUCCGACCUUCAUCGGUCUCAAGGGCCAAAGUCUUAUUUACGCGGUUACAUUAUGCUGCUCAUUCGGCUUCCUUCUCUUCGGAUAUGAUCUUGGCUUCAUGGGCGGGUUAACGACGUCACCUACAUUUCUAGGCACGUUCGGAAAUCCAGAAGCCUCGCUUCUUGCAUUUCUCGUCUCCGCAUACGAAGUCGGCGCUAUGGUCGGCGCAUUGUUCCAGUUCUUGAACGGCGAUCGAUUCGGCCGGAAACCGAAUAACAUGGCUGGGGCAGUGAUUGUUGCGAUCGGGGCGACGUUGCAAGCUUCCAGCUUCUCUCUACCUCAAUUCCUCAUAGGUCGCAUCGUUGCCGGGUUCGGACUGGGUAUCAUGACGACCGUGAUUCCAAUCUGGCUUUCUGAAUGCAGUAUGCCGAAAUCAAGAGGAAGGAUGAUGGCUAUGCAGUUGUCGAAUCUCAUCGUCGGGCUGAUUCUGGCGAAUUGGCUUGAUUAUGGCCUAGCAAAGUAUGUGGGUUCGGUGCAGUGGAGGUUUCCAUGUGCUUUUCAGGUUGUCUUUUGUAUCAUUGUUCUUUGUUUCAUCCCCUGGCUUCCUGAGUCGCCGCGGUACUUGUGCGCAACGGGAGAGACGGACAAGGCAAAAAUAUCUCUGGCUGCGCUGCGUGCUGGGUACCCUGAUGACGCGGAUGUCAUGGAGGAGUACAAGGAGAUUGAAUAUGCAAUCGCGGUCGAGGCGGAAGAAGCAGGCUCGUGGGCAGACGUUUUCAAAGAUAAUGGCAUCAGCGGGUUCUCACGGGUAGCGAUUGGAUUUGCGGCCAACUUCUUCCAACAGAUGUCGGGAUGCAAUGUGAUGUCGUCGCUUGGUCCAUAUGUCUUUGAGGAUUCGAUUGGAAUGACACGUAACAAUGCAAUGCUUGUCUCCGGAGGUCUACAGGUGUUCUAUUUCCUGAGCAGUCUGAUUCCAUGGCUGAUCAUUGACCGAGUUGGACGACGCAAGUUGUUCAUGAUCGGGUCAACGGGAAUGGGACUUUGCAUGCUGUGUUCCGCGGUUUUCGUGGGUAUUGGCACUACGAAGCUCGGAUACGCCGCUGCGGUAAUGCUCUAUCUAUUCCAGACAUUCUUCACUUUGGGAUGGCAGUCCAAUAUGUGGAUCUAUCCGAGCGAGCUGCUACCCUUGAAGCUGAGAGGACGGGGUGCUGCGCUGGCUGUCGUGUCGCAAUGGUUGUUUACAUUCCUGGUUGUCGAGAUCACCCCGCCAAUGAUUACGAACAUUGGAUACCGGAGUUAUAUCGUCUUCGCCGUGAUCAAUUUUGCGACUGUGCCAUUGGUAUACUUUACUUUCCCGGAGACUAGACAGAUGCCGCUCGAGGCAGUUGAUCUGUUCUUUGCCGACCGGGACGGGAAAAGACCAUCUCUUUGGCGCGUCGUUCAGGACUCUUUGAAUCCCGACUUUGUUGCGGGUGUUAAACUCCAACUCGAAGAAAGAGCGAGAAACAGGGUCGACCUGAGUGACAAGCUUUCCGAAAAGGGCCAACACUUGGAGGUGGAAGAGGCUUAG